UUGCUUGAUAAAUAUGACUGCUGAUGGGAAAAAUCUCUCAAACACGGAAAAGCUUGUUAGCAAAUUCCUUGAUUUGCUUCCUAGCAACUCUCUUGUUGAAAGAGCUAAUUGGAGUGCUCGACUUCCUUCAAACAAUGAAGCCAUUGUGAUACCUACUCAGGUAAAUUACGUUGGGAAAGCAGCUAACUUAUAUGAUGGCGGCUACCAGCUUAAUGGGAGUGCUUAUGUUAUUUCAAAACACAUUAGUAACACAUGGUUAUGGGAUCGUGUGCGUGUUAGUGGCGGAGCUUAUGGGGGUUUCUGUAACUUUGAUACUCAUUCAGGUGUAUUCACCUUCUUAUCCUAUCGAGAUCCCAACUUAUUAAAGACACUUGAUAUAUAUGAUGGAACUGCGGACUUUCUGCGGGAAUUGGAAAUGGAUGAUGAUACACUUACCAAAGCAAUUAUUGGGACCAUUGGUGAUGUUGAUGCAUACCAGCUGCCAGAUGCUAAAGGUUACAGUAGCUUGGUACGAUAUUUAUUGGGGAUCACUGAGGAAGAAAGGCAGAGGAGACGAGAAGAGAUAUUAUCAACAAGGUAAAAUGAUGCUUUUGACAGAUGGUUUAUGCUAACUGCUGGGAUUGUGCUUAGAAUGAACCAUGGUACUUUGUGAUAUCAGAAAGGAUGAUAAUAAAUGUUGUGGGUUACAAAGAUGUGGUAGCUUGGUACGAUAUUUACUGGGGAUCACUGAGGAAGAAAAACACGUACAUGGAAAACAAUGGCCAUCUGAUUUUUGAAUUGAUUUUUAUUACUUUCUGUCUGAAACUUCAAUUUGAUG